UGCAGUGUCUGGCCGCGAGUCCCGGGGAAGCAUCGCGGUCCGGAGGCAGAGGCAGCGGUCCCAGUGCAAGUGGACGCGGCCCGCGGACCCUCCAACCGCCGCCCCUCCCCUAGUGAGGGGGGUUCCAAGCUAGCGAUGGGAGGCACGGCUCGCGGGCCGGGGCGGAAGGAUGCGGAGCCGCCCGGGGCCAGGCUCCCGCCCCAGCAGAGGAGAUUGGGGGAUGGUGUCUACGAUACCUUCAUGAUGAUAGAUGAAACCAAAUGCCCACCCUGCUCAACUGUACUCUGCAAUCCUUCUGAACCACCUCCACCCAGAAGGUUAAAUGUCACCACUGAGCAGUUAACCAGAGAUCACACUCAGCACUUUCUGAAUGGAGGAGAGAUGAAGGUAGAACAGCUGUUUCAAGAAUUUGGCAGCAGAAGACCUGAACCUCUUCAGUCAGAUGGCUUCAAUGACUUGGAAAAAUGCUCACCAACUGUUUCUCAAGGGAAGAGUUCAGAAAGCCUGAAUACGGUGAAAUCCAGCAGUUCCUCCAAAACACCCAAAGUGGUACCUCUGACUCCUGAGCAAGCACUAAAGCAGUAUAAACACCACCUUACUGCUUAUGAGAAGAUGGAAAUCAUCAACUACCCCGAAAUCUACUUUGUGGGUCCAAAUGCCAAAAAAAGGCAGGGAGUUAUUGGCGGUCCCAAUAAUGGGGGGUACGAUGAUGCUGACGGGGCCUAUAUCCACGUACCUCGAGACCAUCUAGCUUACCGAUAUGAGGUGCUGAAAAUUAUUGGCAAGGGGAGUUUUGGGCAGGUAGCUCGGGUCUAUGAUCACAAACUUCGACAGUAUGUGGCCCUAAAAAUGGUGCGUAAUGAAAAGCGCUUUCAUCGGCAAGCGGCCGAGGAGAUCCGGAUUUUGGAGCAUCUUAAAAAACAGGAUAAAACCGGUAGCAUGAAUGUUAUCCACAUGCUGGAGAGUUUCACUUUCCGGAAUCACGUUUGCAUUGCCUUCGAAUUGUUGAGCAUAGACCUUUAUGAGCUGAUUAAAAAAAAUAAGUUUCAGGGUUUUAGCGUCCAGCUGGUACGUAAGUUUGCUCAGUCCAUCCUGCAGUCCUUGGAUGCUCUCCACAAAAAUAAGAUCAUUCACUGUGACCUGAAGCCCGAAAACAUUCUCCUGAAACACCAUGGGCGCAGUGCCACCAAGGUCAUUGACUUUGGGUCCAGCUGUUUUGAGUACCAGAAGCUUUACACGUACAUCCAGUCUCGCUUCUACAGAGCUCCAGAAAUCAUCCUAGGAUGCCGCUACAGCACGCCUAUUGACAUAUGGAGUUUUGGCUGUAUCCUUGCCGAACUUUUAACAGGGCAGCCUCUGUUCCCUGGAGAGGAUGAAGGAGACCAGCUGGCCUGCAUGAUAGAGCUUCUGGGGAUGCCACCAUCAAAACUUCUAGAGCAAUCCAAACGUGCCAAGUACUUUAUUAAUUCCAAGGGUCUCCCCCGCUACUGCUCCGCCAGUACUCAGGCAGAUGGGAGGGUUGUACUGGCGGGGGGUCGCUCACGUAGGGGUAAAAAGCGGGGUCCCCCAGGCAGCAAGGACUGGGGGGCAGCACUGAAAGGCUGUGAGGACUAUUUGUUUAUAGAGUUCCUGAAAAGAUGCCUUCAGUGGGACCCCUCCGCCCGCCUGACCCCGGCUCAAGCAUUAAGACACCCUUGGAUUAGCAAAUCUGUGCCCACUCUCACCAUAGAGAAGGUGCCAGGGAAACAUGUAGUUAAUCCUACAAGUGCUUUCCAGGGACUGAGUUCCAAGCUGCCUCCAGUUGUCGGCAUAGCCAAUAAGCUUAAAGCUAACUUAAUGUCGGAAACCAAUGGCAGUAUACCUCUGUGCAGUGUAUUGCCAAAACUGAUUAGCUAAUGGACAGCUCAGAGAUGCAUGUGUAUGUAUUUUUAAUCACCUUGCAGACCUGCAAAUGGAAAAAAAUGCAAGCCCAUUGGUGGAUGUUUUUGUUGGACUAGACUUUUUUUUUUUUAAAC